CAGUCAGUGACAGUCACGGCAACUGCUCGUAAUGCCGCACACCAUAAUAAAAUUAUUGUUAUUAGUCGCCAGUGUAGCUGUGUGUGUUACACAAGAUACUGAGGAUGUAAGGGAAUCAAGGUUAGUGCAGACCGCACAGGGGCCCGUAAGGGGAUAUAAGAAGGAUGAUAUCUUCUAUUUUUACGGGAUCCCAUAUGCCACAGCGCCUACUGGAACGCGCAGAUUCACUGCACCGCUUCCAGGACCAGUAUGGAUGAGCCCACUUGAAGCGGUCAAUGAUAAGAUAAUUUGUCCACAAGGCAAAUUUCCAAUGCUAGAUCUAUCUAAUUAUAAAAUGCGAGAAGACUGUCUUGUGGUAAACAUCUAUAUGCCCGAUACAGAGGAGACAAAUCUUCCUGUCGUGGUCUAUGUCCAUGGAGGAGGUUACCAAGUAGGAGCUGGAGCCUUUGCGUCACCAAGCCCAUUAGUCCGCACCAAAAAAGUAAUAGCUGUCACUUUCAAUUAUCGUUUGGGAGCGCACGGAUUUCUCUGUCUGGGCACGGAUAAUGCUCCCGGUAACGCAGGAAUGAAAGACCAAGUAGCGCUGCUUCGAUGGGUACAGAAGAACAUCGCCAAAUUCGGGGGAAACCCCAAUGAAGUUACUAUUGCUGGGUACAGCGCAGGCUCAUCAGCCGUGGACCUCCUGAUGCUCUCAGAAACGACCAAGGGUCUAUAUAAUAAAGUUAUACCCGAGAGCGGUGCAAGUGUAGCUGUAUGGAGCGUUCAACUUGAUCCUGUUCAGAAUGCAAAAGAUUUUGCUAAGCAGCUUAACUUCAGUAACGCUGAUAAUAUCAAUAGUUUGGAAGAAUUCUACACAACUUCGUCAUAUGAGGCUUUGACGUCGGAUAUUUUCUUUGAUAAGGAGGAUUCAAAUUUUUUGUUUUCACCUUGUGUUGAGCGUGAUACCGGCGUUGAAAUGUUCCUUGAUGAUGCUCCAGUUAAUAUUUUAACACAAGGAAAAUACAAAAAAGUGCCAGUCCUAUAUGGAUUUGCAAAUAUGGAAGGUUUAUUUCGGGUUCCAUGGUUUAAGCAAUGGAAAGAAUCAAUGAAUGAAAGAUUUUCAGACUUUUUGCCAGCUGAUUUGCAGUUUAAAAGCAAGGAAGAAAAGGAGCGUAUUGCGAAAGAUAUCAAAGAAUUUUAUUUUGGCGAUAAACGCAUAUCUGCUGAAACUAUUCAAGGGUUUAUCGAUUACUUCUCUGAUGUCAUAUUUGCAUUUCCUUACUUGAGAUCAGUUAAGUUGCAAGUAGAGGCUGGUAGUGACUCAAUAUACCUUUAUGAAUAUUCGUUCUUCAGGCCACACCCCGAAAAUGUUGAUAUUCCAGAAUACGUUAAAAAUAUCAAAGGGGCAGGUCAUUGUGCCCAGACUGAAGCGGUAACGGACUUCGGUGCAUAUGACAACAAUUUUGGUCCCGAUUCUGAUGAAUACAAGAAAAUGAGAAACAUUAUGAUUGAGCUUUGGGUGAACUUUAUUACUACGGGUAAACCAGUACCUGAAGAAUCAAAUCUCCCUUCUUGGCCCCCGGUUGGCGCUAACAGGUCACCCUAUAUGUCUCUAGGAGAAGAGAUUAAGCUCAAAGGGCCGUGCUUGGAGGAACGUACACUCUUUUGGGAAGACAUUUACGGGCGAUUCUACAAAUCUCCAGUGGCACCAUCCACUCGCAAACCUAGAAGUGAACUCUCACAGUCAGUGUCACGGCAACUGCCCGCAAUGCCGCACACCAUAAUCAAAUUAUUGUUAUUAGUCGCCAGUGUAGCUGUGUGUGUUACACAAGAUACUGAGGAUGUAAGGGAAUCAAGGUUAGUGCAGACCGCACAGGGGCCCGUGAGGGGAUAUAAGAAGGACGAUAUCUUCUAUUUUUACGGGAUCCCGUAUGCUACGGCACCUACUGGAACGCGCAGGUUCACCGCACCGCUUCCAGGACCAGUAUGGAUGAGCCCACUUGAAGCGGUCAACGAUAAGAUAAUUUGUCCACAAGGCCAAUUUCCAAUGCUAGAUCUAUCUAAUUAUGAAAUGCGAGAAGACUGUCUUGUGGUAAACAUCUAUAUGCCCGAUACAGAGAAAAAUAAUCUCCCUGUCGUUGUCUAUGUCCACGGAGGAGCUUACCAAGUAGGAGCCGGAGUGUUUGGCUCACCAAGCUCAUUAGUGCGCACCAAGAAAGUAAUAGCUGUCACUUUCAACUAUCGCUUAGGAGCGCAUGGGUUCCUCUGCCUGGGCACAGAAAAUGCUCCCGGUAACGCAGGAAUGAAAGACCAAGUCGCGCUACUUCGAUGGAUAAGAAAAAACAUCGCUAGCUUUGGGGGUAAUCCCAAUAACGUCACUAUUGCUGGGUACAGCGCAGGCUCGUCAUCAGUGGACCUCCUGAUGCUCUCAGAUAUAACCAAGGGUCUUUAUAACAAAGUUAUACCCGAGAGCGGUGCAAGUGUAGCAGCGUGGAGUGUUCAGAUUGAUCCUGUUCAGAAUGCGAAAGAUUUUGCUAAGCAGCUUAACUUUACUAAUGUUGAUAAUAUAAAUAGUUUAGAAGAAUUCUACUCAACUGUGUCAUAUGAGGCUUUGAUGUCGGAUAUUUUCUUUGAUAGGAAGGAUUCAGUUUUCUUGUUUUCGCCUUGUGUUGAACGUGAUACCGGCGUCGAAAUAUUCCUACACGAUACUCCAGUUAACAUUUUAACACAAGGAAAAUACAGAAAAGUGCCGGUCCUGUAUGGAUUUUCAAAUAUGGAAGGUUUAUUAAGGGUUCCUUUGUUUGAACAGUGGCAAGAAUUAAUGAAUGACAGAUUUUCAGACUUUUUGCCAGCUGAUUUGCAGUUUAAAAACAAGGAAGAAAAGGAGCGUAUUGCGAAAGAUAUUAAAGAAUUUUAUUUUGGUGGCAAACGCAUAUCGGCUGAAACUAUUCAAGGGUUUAUCGAUUACUUCUCUGAUGUUAUAUUUGCAUUUCCACAUUUGAGAUCAGUUAAGAUGCAAGUGGAGGCUGGUAGUGAUUCAAUAUACCUGUAUGAAUAUUCGUUCUUCAGGCCAUAUCCCGAAAAUGCUGGUAUUCCAGAAUACGUGAAAAAUAUCAAAGGAGCAGAUCACUGUGCCCAGACUGUUGCAGUACUAGAAACCGGUGCAUUUAUCGACGUUAACGUUGGUCCUGAUUCUGAUGAAUAUAAGAAAAUGAAGAACAUUAUGGUUGAGCUUUGGGUGAACUUUAUCACUACGGGUAAACCAGUACCUGAAGGAUCAAAUCUCCCUUCUUGGCCCCCGGUUGGUGCUAACAGGUCGCCCUAUAUGUCUCUAGGAGAAAAGAUAAAGCUUAAAGGGCCUCUCUUAGAGGAACGUACACUCUUUUGGGAAAACAUCUAUGGGCGUUUCUACAGAUCUCCAGUGGCACCAUCUCCACGCAAAGAUAGAAGCGAACUUUAACACGAAAAAAUACUCUUUAAUUCUUCUAUAAUAAUUGUUUCUUAUUAGAAGU